GCUCCUUCUCCUAGAACGCCCCGCCCUCGCGUCCUGGCUCCUUUUCUCCCGUCGGCUCCCGCCCGCGCUCGGCUGAUCCGUCCGCGGGAGUCCGCGAGCGUCUGAGCGGCUAGGGAACUCCGCGCCGUGCGAUCGCCCAGCUUCGCCUCUCAGUGUCCCGACGCACCGCGCUCCUUCCUCCGAGAAGGAUGGACUCUUCAUAAAGGCGAUCCAGAUGCCAGAGAACACAUAUCCACAGGGCGAUUGUGUGGGUUCCUCCGGGGUGAGUGGCUCUGCCAGGACGCUGUGAAGCGGACCUUCAGACUGAGUGCAGGGGGACGAUGCUGAAACUAGUGGCCACGGAUGUCUUUAACUCCAAAAACUUGGCCGUUCAGGCCCAAAAGAAGAUCUUGGGUAAAAUGGUAUCCAAAUCCAUUGCUACUACCUUAAUCGAUGACACCAGCAGUGAGGUGCUCGAUGAGCUGUACAGAGUAACCAAGGAAUACACCCAAAACAAGAAGGAGGCUGAGAAGAUCAUCAAAAACCUCAUCAAGACAGUCAUCAAGCUGGCUAUUCUUUACAGGAAUAAUCAGUUUAAUCAAGAUGAGCUGGCAUUGAUGGAGAAGUUUAAGAAGAAAGUUCAUCAACUUGCAAUGACCGUGGUCAGUUUCCACCAGGUGGAUUACACCUUUGACCGGAACGUGUUGUCCCGGCUUCUCAAUGAGUGCAGAGAGCUGCUCCACCAAAUCAUUCAGCGCCACCUCACUGCAAAGUCACAUGGACGGGUCAAUAAUGUCUUUGAUCACUUUUCAGAUUGUGAUUUCUUGGCGGCUUUAUAUAACCCCUUUGGAAAUUUUAAACCCCACUUGCAAAAACUUUGUGAUGGUAUCAACAAAAUGUUGGAUGAGGAGAACAUAUGAGUAUGUGAAUUAAGAUUGUGACUGCUCAUGAUUUAUUUGAAGAUGGAGCGCUGCUGAUUUAUGAAGGAAAACAUAAUUUUGUCAAGAUUACACAUAUUUCAGAAAGACUUUGCCCGAUUCAGUUGUCAGACAUUAACAAUAAUGUUUUAUGAGGCUCAUUAUAUUUGAAGAAAAAGCAUUUUGCCAAAAAUUCUGGUGAAAAGAGUCCUAACAGUUAACAGAUCACGGGAAAGAUGUGUGGUUGCCUAAUGCAAAAAUAGGGUUAUGCAAAGAAACCUAUGUGUGGCUUCAAACCUCAAGACACCUCUUUUAGGGCAGUUGUUGUGUUGGUGGCACAUUGGAUAUUUCUAACGUGUACAGAGCUAUGUACUUUGAUUUGCUUAUAUUCCUUACUAUAUAUAUGUACCUCUUUUAAAAAUCCAAGAACUCUUUCUUGCUGUCCUUGUUCCUUUGAAAACAAUUCCAUUUUAAAGUCUGCCUUUUGUUAAAGAUUCUUUUUUAAAGAUUUUGUCACUGACAUUCAAGAAUUCAGACAAAUUGAACCCUCAGAAAAAUAGAAAAUGACUUCUCUAACCAAUAAUGUAGAAACCGACUGUAUUUGACAUUAUGAAUAAUGUCUAAUAUAAGAAUAUGCUUCUGGACUCAAGUCCUGUUUUUUAGUACCGACAGUGAUACUACCCAAAUCGUGGUAAUUCCCCAAAAUGGAAUGGCAUGUCAGUUGCUUUGAAAUGCUUGCUGAGGGCUUAACUUUCUUUCAAGCAUGUUAUCUUGGAAAUGUGCUGAUGGAAUCUUCAUUUUUAAUAUCCAUUUUAAAUGUAAGAGACAAAAAAAAUCUAGAUUGUUCUUGAUAUUGAGACAAAACAUAAGUGUUAUUAAGAAAGAUGAAACAAUCUUUAUUAUGAGAUGAGCCCAUCAAAAUAAUUUAGAGGGAUGAGGGGCAAAGAGAAGAAAGGAUUUUGCCACAGAACAUAAGAGUGAAAAUUAAUGCAUUUCAAUGUUCAGUAAGAUUUGUUAGGUAAAUAAAGAAUGUCACUUUUUUAUUUAACUGAUAAGGUUUUGCUACUUUGUUACUUGCUAUUUUGAUGAGUAAACCAAAGAAUAUUUGCAUUCUGA